AAUGAAAAUCAACAGAAAGAUAAACAGAAUUAAACAACCCAGACACGUCUCUAAAAAACAUCUAAACAAACUUAAAGACGUCUUGUAUCCGUCUUUAAAUAUCUUUAAAAUGUUUUUGGCCUUUUGUGCUAUUAGGAAGCCAGUUCUUGUUCAGUGCGUAGAAAGUGAGAAAGAUAAGCAGAAGAAUAUCUAUGUUAAAAAAUUGUCGUAAUUUUUACAGACGGAAGAAACACAAAAAAGAACAAAGUCAAGAGCAUCUAAUAAAAAAUAUGAUGCAUAUCAGGUUUUUUAUUCGUGAAACGGUUAAUGGUUUCCGAUUGUCAUCAAAUGUACAAAGUCGCGCAAAGUCGAUCAAAGGAUGUUCAGUGGAUAGUAAAAUAACAAACAUAGAAAACAAACCGCAAUAUAUAUGGCCGACUAAAAAUAUUCCUGGUCCAAAAGCAUUGUCUUUGCUUGGCAAUUGGUUUAGAUUCAUACCUUAUAUAGGUGAAUACAGUAAUGCAGAUGUUAUGACUCAAUUACGUAUACUGCACGAACAGUAUGGCAACAUCGUCAAACUGGACGGCUUAAUGAAUCGUCGAUCAUGUGUCUUUCUAUUCUGUCCGCAACUUUGCGAAGAAAUGUAUCAUUUGACAAGCACUUCACCGAUACGAAUUGCUUUAGAAACCUUACAUUACUAUCGUAAAAAUAGGAAACAUAUCUAUCUCGAUGGACAGUAUGGUCUUGCAGUAAAUCAAGGAAAGAUAUGGCGCGAUUUUCGCACAAAAGUUAACCCGCACAUGAUGCAACCGCAAACAGUCACAACGCAUGUCACGCAAAUCAGUGAAGUGGCCAUCGAAUUCAUAGAAAAGAUACGAGCAUUGCGAGAUCCUAAAACUCUAGAAUUGCCAAAUAACUUUAUGAAUGAAUUGUAUAAAUGGAGUUUGGAAUCAAUGUGUUCAAUCGCAUUGGGUUAUCGAUUAGGAUGUUUAAAGCCCAAUCUUGCCAUGAAUUCGGAACCACAAAUAAUGAUUAAUUGCGUACAAGACAUAUUCGAUCUCAUGUAUCGCUUGGAAAACCUGCCAUCAUUGUGGAAGAUAUACAAUACGCGAAAUCUCAAGAAGUUGAUUCAUGCCCUGGAUACAUUUGAUGAAAUUUCUAUUAAAUAUAUCGAACGCGCUAAGGAGAAACUUCGUGAGAAGACAGACAGUAUAGAUUCGCAAAAUCAUAGUGUACUGGAGAAGCUUUUGCGUAUCGACGAAAAAACAGCUCAUAUAAUGGCAUUGGAUAUGUUACUGGCGGGUAUUGACACGACUGGCAAUGCGGCUGGCGGUUUGCUCUAUUAUAUUGCAAAUAAUUUAAAGACUCAAGAAAAAUUAAGAGAAGAGGUAAUGUCUGUUUUACCGAGCAAAACAUCGCUUGUUACACAUGAUAUACUGAAUCGAAUAACGUAUACCAAGGCCUGUAUUAAAGAAUCUAUGCGAUUGUUUCCUAUUGUUAUUGGCAUUCAAAGAACUAUGCAAAAGGAUGUUUCUAUAAAAGGAUAUAGAAUACCAGCAGGAAUGGACGUUAUUGCCUGUCAUGCAUUGAUCUCAAUGGAAUCUGCACAAUUUCCAUUACCACACGAAUACAUACCAGAGAGAUGGUUACGGGAUAAAACUAAAUUUCCAUUAAUCAAAGAGCCGCAUCCUUAUGCAUACAUGCCUUUUGGAUAUGGUAUGCGCACCUGUAUUGGUCGAAGAUUCGCCGAGAUGGAACUUGAAACAUUGCUCUUGACAAUCAUACGAAAUUUCCGAAUUGAAUGGCAUCACGAACCGCUCAAGUACAAAAGCCAAAUUACAAACACGCUAGUAUUGCCAAUGCGAUUCAAAUUCAUCGAUUUGUAGAUCGUCUCAAAUUUCUUCGCAAUCCAUUACUAUUUGUGUUUUAUAGAAUUUGUCAAAAUUUUAUUAUCUUAUGCAAUAUUUUUUUAACAUAUUCACAUUUUCUGUUAGUUUGUUAUCUAAAUAAAUAACUGAAUUGAUUUACAAAUAUUUGACCAGAGAAAUGAAAAAGAUCGC